UAUGCUGACUUUGUAGCAAAAGUUGUCAGCUUAUAUAAAUACACAGAGUACUAUAAGGGAGUUGAGACAAAGUUGUGUAAUGGGUUGGAGGUACAAUGCUGGGUUGGGACUGAUUGGAGCUUUUGUCUUAAUAUGGGUCAGCUCUGCAGAAAUAACUCAGAGGAUUUUUGUUGAGUAUAAACAGCCAUUUGCACUCACUUACCUUGGAGUAUCUGUGAUGGUGAUCUAUCUUCUCAUUUCAGUUUUCAAAAAGUGGACAUGUAGCUUACUGAAAAUUUUGUUCAGAAACUUUCAUGAGGACUACACAUUAAUUAGCAUUUCCACUGGACUAAAAAGUAGUUUGAUUACUGAUAAGGAAAUUAGAGAAAGAGAAGAAGGAAUGCCUUUGGUCAAGAAAGAGGAAGAUGAACCUCCCUUGCUUGCACUACAAAGUUAUGAAGGUAGUUCAUGGAAAAUUGCAAAGUGUGGCUUGUACCUCACUCCAAUAUGGUUUGCACAAGAGUAUUUUUCAAACAUGGCACUUGCAAAUACUAGUGUUGCGAGUACAACGAUUCUGAGUUCCAUGUCAGGUCUCUUUACCCUUUUCUUUGGAGCCAUUCUUGGACAGGACUCAGUAAAUAUGACCAAAAUAGCAGCUGUUUUAAUUAGCAUGGCUGGUGUUGCCAUGACAACUAUUGGAAAAACUUGGGCAGCAGAUCAGCAGAUUAGCAUGACUCAAAAGCAUUCUAUCAUUGGGGACAUUUUUGGUCUACUCUCAGCAAUAUGUUGUGGCUUAUUCACAGUGGUUCUCAAGAAUUCUGUCGGAUCAGGAGACAAGGUAGACAUGGAAAAGCUUUUUGGUUGUAUUGGUCUCUACAGUUUUCUUGCCUUUUGGUGGAUAGCGUGGCCAUUAAAUGCUGUGGGAAUUGAACCCCAUUUCAAAUUUCCAAGUUCAAUGUCCACUUGGGAGAUGGUUAUUGCGAAUAACAUCUGUUCAAGUGUGAUUUCAGAUUACUUAUGCAACAACCAUGAAUAUUGUGUCAGGGCACUCUCUAUAAUUUGGACAGCUCCUUUGGUUGCUACAUUGGGCAUGUCCUUGACAAUUCCAGUUGCCAUGAUAGCUGACAUGGUUAUACAUGGUCGCAAGUACUCUGCACUAUACAUCCUUGGAUGCAUUCAGGUUUUUGCAGGAUUUACACUAGCAAACCUUUCGGAUAAGAUUUCAGGAAGUGAUAGAGAAUGAAGUUCGUGACGUUAUGAGAAGAAAGGAUUGUGUAUAUUAGAUAAGGAAGAAUCUUAGUACAGCCAUGAAGCCAUCACUGUGGAAUGGUGAAGGGUCCAUACACAAUGACAGUUGCAUACAUAACAGAAAUCAAUGAGAUUCAAAAAAGUGCUUUUGAUAUACUAUGCAGUGUGUACCAAAUAAGUCUUUUAAAAAAAACCUAGGAUUUUUAUCCUUAUAUAAUAAAGUCGAGUCUUCA